UUAAAGUCACAUAUAAGAUUGAUACUACUUUUGCAAAAACUCCUAUUGGUUUCUGCUAACUUUCUUAGAUUAUAUAUAACUGAUAUAGUAUAUGAAAUUUGAAUUUUGAAGUGUACUAAAGUUGUGAGGGAUGGACAGAACCUACUGUUACAAAGAUUUGCUACCUUUUGUGAUUCUUGUUGUCAAUGAAUGCAUGACAACAGGAGUAAACACUUUGUUCAAAGCAGCAACUUUGCAAGGAAUGAGUAAAUAUGUGUUUGUUACUUAUUCUUAUACUUUUGCAACUAUCUUCUUCUUUCCUGUCUAUUUCUUCUAUAGAAGAUCAAGAGUGGUUCCUCAACUCAGUUUCAACAUCUUAUUUAAAAUUGCUAUUCUUGCAGUAAUAGGAUAUUCAGGUCAAGUAUUAGGGUAUGCUGGCAUCAGUUACAGUUCUCCUACACUUUACUCUGCAAUUGCAAACCUCCUUCCUGCUUUCACCUUCAUUUUAGCUGUCAUUUGCAGGAUGGAAAAGCUAGCUAUAAAACGUAGAACUACACAAGCUAAGAUUUGGGGAAGCAUUAUAUCAAUAUCAGGUGCAUUUAUAGUGACUUUCUACAAAGGAAAAUCAAUUGUCAUUGCUCAUAAUUCCCCCUCCUUUCAUAUGCAACUCUCAAAUGACAUUCUUACAUCAGUUGAUACAAAUUGGGCCAUUGGUGCCCUUUUUCUGACAGUAUCAAAAAUACUAUUUACCAUAUGGUUCAUUGUUCAGGCGGAAAUCAUGAAGGAGAUUCAAGAUGCACUAACUUCGGUCUUCUUUCACAACUUAUUUGCAAGCAUUUUGGCUUUAGGUGUAGGUUUAGUAGCUGAGACAAAUAGGAGUCUAUGGAAAAUAACACUGGACAUAUCACUGAUCUCUACUGUCUGCACUGCAAUAUUUGGCAAGUUCCUAGGUAGUGCAAUAUAUGCUUGGGCAAUACACUUAAAGGGUCCUGUAUAUGUAACAUUGUUCAAGCCACUCUCAAUUGUUAUUGCUGUUGUUAUGGGGAUUCUUUUCCUUGGUGAUACUCUUCAUGUUGGAAGUAUAAUUGGAGCCACAAUAAUAUCAAUUGGAUUUUAUACUGUAAUGUGGGGAAAAGCAACUGAAGAGAAGGAAGAUGGUUUUGGUAGCAAGGAAUCACAACCUAUUGAGAAUGUUCCUCUCUUGCAAGAUUAUCAAACUGUCAAAUCAUAAAAAGAAAACAUGCAAGUAGAUUAUCAAACUGUUUUAUUUAGUAGCAACAGUUAUUUCCGUAAUUUUUAUUCACUCUAUAAAAACGGUAACGGACACUACUGAUACAGUUUUAUUCCGUUUCUACGGACAUUUUUUAUAUAAUAACAGACCGUUACUGAUACCGUGAUCUAAAAAAUAUGAACCGGCAGGUUCACA